UCCAUCACACGUCGUAAUGAUCCUUUCGUGUCUGAAACCACAGGAAGUUUAUGACUACGACACGUUCUCUGCGGAUGAUAUAAUGGGGGAAGUCGAGAUAGACAUUCAGUCUAUGAUAACUUCUGCUACUGCAUUCGGGGACGUUGGAACGUUCGAGAACAUGCAGAUCGGGAGAUGGCUGAAGUCGAAUGACAACGCGCUGUUGGAAGACAGCACAGUGAAUAUUGUGGAUGGGAAGGUGAAGCAGUUAGUAUCUUUGAAGCUGCAAAAUGUGGAAUCUGGAGAAAUACAUCUUGAGCUGGAAUGGAUGCCUCUUGAUCAAUAAUAGCAGUACUAUAUAAAUUGUUGUGUUUUAUAUGUUAAUAUAGAUUUGUUAAUUUUUUUCCUAAUUGUUAUUUGAAAGAGAAAUAUUCAAAGUCUA